AUGGGACCCAGUGUAGCUGGCCUUGAUGACAGCCCGACAAAGUCGGAGGUGCACAUCAAUAGUUCCUCGGUCCCAGCAGGCAAGGAUUCCAAGUCGAAUGCGCCCACCAAAAUUCCGUAUGUCACAUCUGCUUUACGACGUGCCCAUACUGUUGCACAAGGGAAGAAUAUUGCGAAGAAAACAAACAUUAGCUCGAAAGCGGCUCUUCCUUUGAUUCAUACCAAAGACAGCCAUGAACUACUACGGAGACGGUCUUUCAAACAACUAGAUUCCCAGAAGGCGCCGCGUGAAACCUUUUUUGGAGCGAGGGAGUCCAGUCAUUUCACUGUCGGAAAUGUAGGCCAAAACGGUAAAAUAUUUCUCAGGCCUGUUCGGAAUUUGUCUCGCAAAGAUUCUCCUUGUACGCCAACUGCUCCAUCAGGUAACCAAUCGAAGCCGGAAUACCUUCAACCACAACACCCAGGUGGUAAUAGGAAGCAUGAGCCUUCGCGAUGGUCCAAUUCACAACUGUCCGAGUUAUGCUUCGAAAGUGGAGGGAAUGACGGGGACGUUGCCUCGAUAAACUCGAAUAUGUCUCUGUCUGGAUCGCACCGCCAGACUCGCCAGCCUGCACUUCAAAGGGCCCAUUCAUUCUCUACAAUCUCGGAGCAACGGUCGGUAUCGCGCGCCGAGGAGAACAAGGAACUUCGGGUUAUUAUCGACCGGCCAGAUGCUAGACCCAAGUCAGCGGAUGGGUCUUCCAUUCGGCACCUAGAAGUUCCAAUCCCGAAUUAUCACUUGGGUAUCACGCGGUUUAACACGGCGAACAACGUUUUACAAAACUCGACGCUCUCGAUGGAAACAUGGAACUCUAGAACUGCCCACAACACCUACUUGCAUGACGGAGUUCUUCAUUCGUUUGCCCCCUCUAUAUUUUCUGGUGUAUCUGCCAUGGAUUUAAGCCGAAGUGCUGCCGUUAGCCCCGACCCGGUAGUGUACGAUCCUGGCGACACAAUCAAGCCAUCAAUUUUCGAGAAAUUGGUAACGGUGAUGGAUGACGAGUCGGUCGUCCGUUACGGCCCUGGCACUAGGAGUAUUAGUGCUGCUACACCUGCGCGCAUUGUUGCACAAAUAUCUUCUGAGUCCUUUAUGGACUAUGAGCUUGUGUCGGAUUUCUUUCUUACCUUCCGUUCCUACCUUUCCGCUGGGUCUUUGCUCUCUCUUUUGCUAGCACGUCUCCAAUGGGCGAUCAAUCGCCUCCAAGAAGAUGGGAGGAUAAUCAGAAUUCGCACAUUUGCGGCUCUGCGCCAUUGGAUCUUGAAUUACUUCGUUGAUGACUUCGUUCCGGACUUCAAAUUGCGCUCUCACUUUUGUGAGACUAUCAAUCGUCUAUACGACAGUGUCAAGGCUCGCCAGGGCGGUGGAAUGAGUGACCUGAAAAUUCUAAUUGAUCUCAAGCGAUGUUGGCAUGGCAAGUGCUCAAAUCAUUGGGAUAUACCGGAUCGUCAUGUCCCUUAUAAUAGUCCGGACCGCCCUAUUGAUCCUGGUGAUGAUGAACCGGCUGUGGGCGACGACUUGCAGAACGUCGCGCCAAAACAUGGCACCCAAAUGCCUGGGUCAGAAUCUAGAAACCGGCCGUUGUUAGCCCAUCACGAUCGAAACAACUCCUCUAGUACCGCAAAGAGUAUGCCGGCAUCCGCUAGCAGUGAUUGGAGCGCUCCUGCAAUCUCCUGUUCAUUGCCGCCCAAAUCCAAAUCCCCCAAGCGUCAUUCCAUGCCCUUCUCUUCAAAUGCGCCUCAUCCAGUGCCUGUUAUACCCAGGCCAAUAGGCUCGUUACAGGCUCCUACAACCCCGUUGUCGCCCAUUAGUGCGAGGCGCAUCCCAUGCUACGGUCAUGCACACAAGCGCAGUGGGAGUUUCUCCGACUCGGUUCGAGACGACAGAGCCCCGAUCUCGCUACCACAUAUUGACAACAAUAGUUCCCUCUCAUCGCAAGAGCCUUGUUACCUCGGCGGUUUGAUACGCGGCGAGCUAUAUCCUCCUGUGGAGUCAUACAUGACGAUGAUGGCGCCACCCUCUCCACCUCUCUCAUCUUUGUCGACUGGUACGCAUAUUGACCGCCGAAAUACGGAUGGUCCCUCGAAACCUGGUUCUUCGGGCUCGGGUGUGAAGACGAUUAUUGGCUCUAUUCGUCGAGCCUUUAACGGUAAGAACCCAGCACCUGGUGUCGCUGCACGCCCUGUGAACGGAUUGUCAACUCGAGGCAAGACCUCCGCACUCCCAACAAAUGUCGCAUUCCGGUCCGAUUUAUAUCGGGACAAAAGGAUUGCUGCUCCGACGAAGAAGCCGGCUAGAAUUGACCUUCUUUGCGACGAAGCCCUGCGGCAAUACCGUCGGGCAUCCGGCGAGAAUGUCGAUUCACCGGCAGUUAACGAGCUAGCCCAGCGACCUCUUGGACAGAACCCUCCUGAAGUGCCGCAAACCUUCCUUUUUCCUCCGCAUAAUAACAAAACUCAAAGUCGCUUAACGGGUGGCAGUGAAUCCAUAGUCAUUGUGGAUGACACAGGCCCGGCGAUACCUGUUAUGUCGGGAGGUGUAGGUCUUGACAGGGCCCCUAUGUUCCUAACUGCGGAAAACUCUCCUACCACUCCUACAGCCCGUACGUUCCUUGCGUCGUCCCGAGGAUCUACACUCGGACCCGAUGAGUAUUCACUGCCAAUUUAUUACAACGAAGCUAGCACGAGACAGUUAAGGAAAAGCUCCAUGAUUUAUGGACGUUCUGGGAAUACUACAUCGCGGAGAUCUAUGUCCAUUGACAGGGGCUCCUCUUUUUGGAAAAAUUCUUCUCAAUCUACGCGUUUGCGGAAAUAUGCUUCAUUUCAGAGUGGAUUUUCGAGGCAUCACCCUGCCUUAGGUAGCGGGUCUGGCAGCUCCGCAGGUGGUUCAAGCGUCCUUGAUCUGGCAAAUAAACCUGCUGGACCUAUACUUCGGAGGCGACCUGGAGGCGACUUGCGCCAGAUGAAAACCAGUGUCGAUGCCCAAUCAAUCCCCGAUUCGGCCUCAGUUUGGUCUGAAGUGACCUACCAAAGCUCCGUAGCCGACAGUGCAGCUAAAACCGCGGAGAAGGCUUCAAGACCUCAAACAAGCCUUGUCCCCCCAAAGCCUCGGUUUUCUCUCUUGAAAACAAACUCGUCCCAGCUUAUUCGCCGUUCCUUCGAGUCCGCAAUUGCACGGUUUGCCCAGAUUCCCGACGACGAGGAUGGAGGUAUUGAAUCUGCUUUGUUGAAACUUGAAGGCAAAUGGGAGGGUGAGCAAACCGAUAAUGCGACAAAUACUACUGCUGGACCAAGUCAGUCCCAAGAGCGCACCAAAAACCUGGGUCGUGUACGCGAAGGGAUAGCUCCCUGUGAUGUUUACUCACGCUCUAGCACGGCCGCAAAAAGCCAACAGAGACUUGGCUACGACCUGACAUACACGCAAGCUCAAGCACGGAUUCUCAAUUCCAGACCUUACUCAGAGUCAAUCGUAGACUCGGAAGAUUCCUACAGCUCUAUCCCGCUCUUAGAGCGAGGACUAAGUGAUGAAUCCAUGAAGAAGCAGGUACCGGAUGAAGCAUCUGGCCCACAUGCCGUACCCCGUCCCGUCGCAGCGACUGGGGAACCAUCCGACAGAGAAUCAUCGCAUCCCUCUAUUGACAUGGUAAAGAAAACGGAGAGUAUGAAGCUUAUCCCGAGGGGGUCAACUCUACCUGUGCCUCAUCAUAAAAGCAGAGUAUCUCGCCUGUCUGGCCUAUCGUCGGAGCUUUCGGUCGACGUAAUAGACUCGACGGAAGCGGCAGAUGCGCGGUUAUCGUUCGAUACACGUAGCCUUAAUGAGUCGUCUGCUACGAUACCUCCUCAUCCCCUUGCGCACCCGCCUUCGCCACCGAUGACAGUUCAGAACCAUCGCUCUGUACACUCAUACCGAGCUUCCUUGAACCCAGAUCUUGCUAAAACGCAACCUCUGACCCCUGAUCCGUCGCCAAUAAACAAAGGUGGGAAGAGAGCAAACCUCCCGUCUUUGGAUAUGCAACAAGUGUCUAGUGAUGUUCUCUGUCGGUCGGAAGCAGACCAUCACCUUUCGGCUCUUAUAGCAGCUCCAGGCGCUCAGCACGUACCUUUCAUUCUCUCAUGCGAAUCCCAUAUUCUGGCUCAACAAUUCACAUUGGUCGAGAGGGCUGCCCUUGGUGAAGUGGAUUGGAGAGAUCUUGUUGAUAUGAAGUGGAACAGCGGGCCUCCUUUCACCACAAGCUGGGUACAGUUUCUCAUGGACGAUGACCGCCGAGGCAUCGACCUCGUAGUGGGACGUUUCAAUCUGAUGGUGAAAUGGGUCUUGUCGGAGAUUGUUCUUACCUUGGAUAUCAAUGAGCGAGCGCGCACCGUUUCUAAAUUCAUUCACAUCGCGGCUCAUGCUCGGAGAAUAUGCAACUAUGCUACAAUGCUGCAGAUUGCCAUUGCACUCACUUCAACCGACUGCUCCCGACUCGAAAGCACAUGGGCUAUAGUGUCGCUCGAGGAUCACCGGAUGCUGAAGGACAUGGAGUUGCUCAUUCAGCCAGUCCGCAAUUUCCAUGAUCUUCGUGUUGAGAUGGAAACUGCUAAUGUGCAAGAGGGCUGCAUCCCGUUUGUUGGACUCUACAUCCAUGAUCUUACAUAUAACGCUCAAAAACCAGCGCAGGUGGCAGCUACCCAGGAGGGCGAGCCAUUGAUCAAUUUUGAGCGCUAUCGGACAACGGCGAGAAUUGUCAAGAAUCUCCUUCGACUAAUUGACGCGAGCACAAAAUACAACGUCGAACCGAUCCCUGGCAUCGUUGAGCGUGCGCUUUGGAUCGCAUCGCUUUCUGAGGAGCAAAUUCAAUUUCGCAGCAAGCUCCUGGUAUAA